UCGCCCAUUUCCCGUAGAAUAGAACGAGCAGUGCUGAACUCGUAGCACCUCGGAAUACUUCUUCUACUUGGAAGUUGGAACUGGGCUCAAUGCCGAACAUUUAGUGACGUAGGCCACGUAGGAUUUUGCACGAAAUAUAAUAUGUUGUCAGCAAGAAAACUGCUGGAACAUUUCCAUCGGAAUUAUAUGUUUACCAGGAACUCGGCAGAGUCGUCUAUCUCGUUUUUUGUUUGAAACCACACGAGUGGAAUAAACCGGUGUCCUGGGACCUGAGAGAGUCGAGUGCUACAGGGCAGAGAAGGUGGUCAUGGGGUUAGCGCUUCACACUCUCCUGGCCCUGACUGGCCAGCUUCCCUGGCUGCUGCUCCUGGCUCUGCUCGUUCCCAGGAAUGUCCUCCGAGCUGAAGAGCUGAAGCCCACUAGAUGGCCCCUGUUCUCCCAGAAGCCUUUGCUCCUCGCCUGGAAUGCCCCAACGGAGGACUGUGGCCCCCGGCACGGUGUGCAUUUCCCGUUGGAGCAGUUCCAGAUCGUAGCUUCGCCCAACGAGGGCUUCGUCAGACAGAACCUCACCAUCUUCUAUAAGGACCGGUUAGGGCUGUACCCCUAUUACGAGCGUGACGGCACCGCGGUGAACGGUGGAAUCCCUCAGGCCGCCAGUCUCACGCAACACCAGGAGAAGAUGCCCGAAGGUGUGCACAAAUACAUACGUGAACCAAACGCCAAAGGCCUCGCCGUAAUUGAUUGGGAGGAGUGGCGUCCGCUGUGGAUCCGCAACUGGGACGUCAAGAACGUGUACCGGGACCAAUCCCGGAAACUAGUGGCCAAGAAAAACCCGGAUUGGCCCCCGGAGCGAGUGGGGAAAGUGGCUCAACAGGAGUUUGAGCUGUCGGCCCGAAAGUUCAUGCUGGAGACCCUCAGGCUGGCCAAGAGCCUGCGGCCUAACCAACUGUGGGGGUUCUACCUGUUCCCAGACUGCUACAACCACGACUACCGGAGCGGCCUGAAGAACUACACAGGCCGCUGCCCUGAUGUGGAUGUGGCCCGUAAUGACCAGCUUACCUGGCUGUGGACUGAGAGCACGGCUCUGUUCCCUUCCGUCUACAUGGGCACGGUGCUGCGCUCCACCACGUUCGGGCGCCAGUUUGUCCGGAACCGGGUGAAGGAGGGGAUGCGGCUGGCUUCAGCGGGCGACGGAGUUGCACGGCCCGUUUUCGUCUACACCCGGCCUACGUAUGCCAAUGAGCUGACUCCGCUGACUGAGACAGACCUGGUGUCCACCAUUGGGGAGAGUGUAGCCCUGGGAGCAGCUGGGGUCAUCGUCUGGGGAGAUCAUACCUACGCCAGCAGCAAAGCCAGCUGCUCCAGUCUGAAUGACUACCUACGCGGUCCGCUUGGACGGUACCUGCUUAACGUCUCUACGGCAGCAGAAUUGUGCAGCCAGCAGCUGUGCACCUCCCAUGGCCGCUGCCUCCGCACGCUCUCAGACACUGACGCCUACCUGCACCUCAACCCCCUCACCCACAGCAUCAGUGUUCAGGGGGGAAAGCUGAAGGUGACCGGUCAGCUAGAUCAGGGGGAGCUGGCUAGGUACAGGCAACACUUCCAGUGCCAGUGCUACAGCGGGUACAAAGGCGAGGGCUGUGCCCAGAGAGAGCUGGGGAAGAGUGCUGCCGCCCCUGUCUGGGGAGUCUGGUCUGUGCUGACCCUGUUGCUCCCUCUGGGGCUUCUCACUCUGCUCCACUGAGGGAGGCGAGCCGGAGCUGACUACGUGCAAUAUGGGGGGAAACAACCAUACCUUGGUCCUGGCCUCUGCUGGGCCUCGGGGAUUCCUGGUAGGGGAUGGGCUCUAGCUGCUCUGUGGGACUGAUCCAUAUGGAGAAGAGGACAUGGUAGUGUCAUCUGUCAACAGGGUGAAGGAGGGGACUGAAGAUGCUCCUCAGUAUCCUUCCGUUACCCACGCAAGCUAAAGGGACAGCAUGUGAAGUGGGAAAACAAUAGGCCUUCUAUUUUUGACUUGAUGUUUUUAUUGUGAGUGCUGUGAGGUAGAAAGGAAGGUCUAUGCUGGACUGGUCUAUCCCUCCCUUCACCAGAGCUGGAAGACAUCUAGAGCUAGCAGCCAGAACUAGAACUAAGAUGUCUGUAAUGUGUAUGAAUGGUGACCUCAGCUGUAUAUUGAGUGCGUCUGUGUGAAGUGUUUCAUUUAGAGGUUGUAAGGUUACUACGGGCGGCAGGUAUCCUAAAGGUUUCUAGAUCGACUCCCCGAACUAGGUAAAGGUAAAAGGUUCAAAGCCGUCGUUCUGCCCCUGAACAAGGCAGUUAACCCACUGUUCCUAGGCCGUCAUUGAAAAUAAGAAUUUGUUCUUAACUGACUUGCCUAGUUAAAUAAAAAAAAAUAUAAAAACUAGUAAGGUUACGACUAGUGAGACUAGUUUGUUAGAAUGUUCCUCUCUCUCUCUCGCCUUUUGUGGAACUGAGGGAAUUGAGAAACCUCAACAGAAACUAACGCACCACACAACAAGAAUGCUACUUUUUGACGGAGACUGUUCCACUGUGAAGCUUUUGUGCAAAGAGACCGGCGCUGUGCUUGGAUAGUCCUAUCUCUCGGCUAGACGGCUAUACCUUCACCCAGCUCUGAUCUAGCAGAACUGCAGAUAGGACAAGGAAAAACGCAUCUUUUUGUAACAAUCUCUUUUUCUACGGCCUUAUUUUUUUAAAGUCUAAUGUUGUGGUGGAAAAUAACUGGAAUAUUUAGAACGGACUCUCGAAUAUUCAUGAGCUUCAGUGAGGCUUAGCAUUGUGGCAAAGAAUUUCUUUCAUCUAUAUAGCUUGUCUUUCUGUGUCACGCGCACUGCUUUUGCAACAUUUUAAUCACAUUAGCAAGACUCAUCUAAUCAUCUUCAAUUCAUAUUUUUAGCCAACCUGUUCUUUGACAUUUGUGAACAGACAUCGGCACAGAUGACACGGUAUGCCAGUGUGAAGUGCCUUUUCAAAAAGUGUGUUUGGCCUAACAUGUCUGUCAUCCUUAUUCUGGUGCCUCUACCAUCUAUCUUUUGUAGAUGUUAUUUGAGGGUCUGUGAGGAUUGCAAACCAAAACUGAAAGCACUGUUUGCUCAUUUUGCCAUUUGUUUCUACUCUAUUCUUCCUUCUGUUGCCUGAAACCAUAAUUCCUUCGAAAAUGGCUCUGGCCUCUCGUGCGUGGUUUUUAUCUAGAAGGAAUACAGCUUUUGUCAAUUAACUUUUUGUAACAGGUUUAGGAUAACUUACACAGCAGGUUAGGAGUAUUAGGUGGGUUUGCUGAAAUGCACAAAAAAAAUCUACUUUGACAUCAAUUUCACAAGCUGUAUCCCAGCUAGACAUGACCCCCUGGGUGCUUUUUCAGGGGACCAGUCAGACCUCCAGGGGGCUCUGUGUUGGUAAUCUCCACUGCUCUUAUUUAUGUCAACAUGCUUCUCAUUUACUGUCACAUGUGGAUUGGAUGUAAUUAGUAGUUAUUUACAUUAAACUUGAAAUAUAAAAAGGUU